UAGCAUUUAAUAUGUAUACGAUUUUAUUUUAUUGCUCUGGUUUGAGACACCUAUAAUAUUUUCAUCUAAAAAGACAUUUAGUGUUAAUCGAAUUGCGCCAGCGCGAUUCAGACGAAAGUAUUGGACUUUAAUUCGUUCGUUUCUACAAAAGAGAUUUAAAGAACAACCAAUGGCAUAAAAAUUAUCACACGGAAAUAGAAGUAAUUAAAUCAAUUAAAUAGCAAAAAUUUUCAGAACAGCCGUAAUAAUAUUGCACGACGAAUUCUGUGACUGUCGUAAUAUUAAGUGUUAAGGUUUCAGUUUUUCACAAAGUGGAAGCCAUCGAAACACAUUGCCUGUUCUUCAUUGUUGCUGUGUGGCACUAUACUUAAAGUUUUAAGAGCAGUUCCUUAAAGGCAGUAAUGGCUGUCAAAGGGCUGGUAGCAGCAAUUGUUCAAUUCUUAACCCAACAAUUAGAAGAAGGUGAUAUUACAGCAGAUUCUCGAGAGAGCCUUGAAGUAGCAAUACAGUGUUUAGAAAGUGCUUAUAAUGUACAAGCAUCUGAUACUCCAACAAAUUUUAACUUAUACGAAAUAUACAAGUCUUCCAUCGAAAAUGCAAAGCCCAAUUUAGCUCCAGAAGCUACUCCAGAAGCAAAAAUCGAAGCUGAAAGAUUAAAAAAUGAAGGAAAUACUCUUAUGAAAGCUGAAAAACAUCACGAAGCUCUUACUAAUUAUACAAAAGCAAUUCAAUUAGAUGGUCGUAAUGCAGUAUAUUAUUGUAACCGUGCUGCAGCAUAUAGUAAAAUUGGCAAUUAUCAACAAGCAAUUAAAGAUUGCCAUACUGCAUUAUCCAUUGAUCCUUCGUAUAGUAAAGCAUAUGGACGAUUAGGUUUAGCAUAUUCUAGUCUCCAAAGACAUAAAGAAGCUAAGGAAAGUUAUCAAAAAGCUUUGGAGAUGGAACCUGACAAUGAAAGUUAUAAAAAUAAUUUACAAGUAGCAGAAGAAAAAUUAACUCAGCCAAGCAUGAGCAAUAUGUCAUUAAGUGGAGGUACAUUGCCAGGCAUGGAUCUCAGUUCACUCCUAAGUAACCCUGCUCUUAUGAACAUGGCCCGUCAAAUGUUAUCUAAUCCAACACUUCAAAACAUGGUGAGCAAUUUUAUGAGCGGUCAAGUAGAACAAGGAGGACAUAUGGAUGCUCUUAUAGAAGCUGGUCAACAUUUUGCUCAACAAUUACAAAAUGCGAAUCCUGAAUUAAUUGAAUCCUUAAGAAGGCAAAUGGGAGGAAAUCCAAAUGAUCCAGAUCCACCACAACAAAAUUAAGAAAUCUAUGAUUAUGAUAUAUUUUAAAAAUUCCACAUAAAAUGAAAAUAACUAAAUUUAAUUGGAACACAUACAUAGUCACAGAACAGUGUGUAUCAUUUUUAAUAUGAAAAUGUGAAAAAUGAUGACUAAGAUUAACUUACAUUACCACUAUCUUAAAAUGAUAUUCAUAUACAUAUACUAUACAAAUUUUCCUAUGACUGAAUUAUUGAACAGAACAUGAUAAUUUGUUUUUUGGGUGUGUGCUGAUGAUGUUUGAUAUGUGAAGAUUAAAUAAUAAAUGUUAGAAUAUAGUGAAUAUUUCAUGAAUGAGAUAGAUAUUCCAACAUGUACUGUGUUGCUUUCUAUGUCUUACAACAUCGCUUUGAAUCUAUUCUAACCAAUUUGUAUAGUACAAUACAUUUUCUUACUUACCGUAAAAAUAAUUUCUGUUUGAUAAAUUA